GGGGAGUCGGGGCUGUGGACGGCGGCUGCGGGGGGCGCGCGGCGAGACCAUGGAGCUAAAGUGGCUGCUGUGUGUGACAUUGCUGAUACUUGGAUUAGUUGAUGUCCAGACUCAUGAUGGGGAAGAAGACCAUGGUGAUGAUGUAAUUGAUAUUGAGGAUGACUUGGAAGAUGGUGUUGAAGAGAUAGAAGAGACAAAGCCUGAAGCCAGCAGCCCUCCUCCAACCCCAAAGGUUACCUAUAAGCCCCCAGUACCAACAGGAGAGGUUUAUUUUGUGGAAAACUUUGAUAAGGGAACCCUGGAAGGAUGGGUUCUUUCCAAGGCCAAGAAGGAUGACACAGAUGAUGAAAUUGCAAAAUAUGAUGGUAAAUGGGAAGUAGAGGAAAUGAAGGACACUAAACUUCCAGGGGACAAAGGACUUGUACUGAUUUCCCGGGCCAAGCAUCAUGCGAUCUCUGCCAAACUGACAAAACCCUUCAUAUUUAAUACCAAACCCCUCAUUGUACAGUAUGAAGUGAAUUUCCAAAAUGGGAUUGAGUGUGGUGGUGCCUAUGUGAAGCUGCUUUCUAAAACCGCUGAGCUGAACCUGGAUCAGUUUCAUGACAAAACUGCCUACACAAUCAUGUUUGGUCCUGAUAAAUGUGGAGAAGAUUAUAAAUUACACUUCAUCUUUCGGCACAAGAACCCCAAAACCGGCAAAUAUGAAGAGAAGCAUGCAAAGCGUCCAGAUGCAGAUCUGAAAACCUACUUUACUGAUAAGAAGACCCACCUCUAUACUCUGGUCUUGAAUCCUGAUAAUAGUUUUGAAGUCCUGGUUGAUCAGACUGUGGUGAAUAGUGGGAAUCUCUUAAAUGAUGUGACUCCUGCUGUGAAUCCACCCCGAGAGAUUGAGGACCCAGAUGACCAGAAACCAGAGGACUGGGACGAGAGACCCAAGAUCCCAGACCCAGAUGCUGUUAAACCAGAGGAUUGGGAUGAGGAUGCUCCUGCAAAGAUUUCAGAUGAUGAUGCUGUGAAGCCAGAAGGUUGGCUGGAUGACGAACCAGAAUAUGUAGCUGAUCCUGAUGCAGAGAAACCAGAGGACUGGGAUGAGGAUAUGGACGGAGAGUGGGAGGCACCUCAGAUUGCAAAUCCCAAAUGUGAGUCAGCCCCUGGCUGUGGUACCUGGCAACGACCUAUGAUUGACAAUCCCAACUACAAAGGCAAAUGGAAGCCUCCUAUGAUUGAUAACCCCAACUACCAGGGAAUCUGGAAGCCCAGGAAGAUCCCAAACCCAGAUUUCUUUGAAGAUCUAGAACCUUUCAAAAUGACUCCCUUCACUGCUGUGGGCCUUGAACUAUGGUCAAUGACCUCUGACAUCUUCUUUGACAACUUUAUCAUCUGUGCAGACCGAGUUGUGGCAGAAGAUUGGGCCAAUGAUGGUUGGGGUCUAAAAAAGGCAGCUGAUGGUGCUGCUGAGCCUGGUGUUGUGGGCCAGAUGAUGGCAGCUGCUGAAGAGCGUCCCUGGCUGUGGGUAGUGUACAUCCUAACUGUGGCUCUACCUGUGUUCCUUGUUGUCCUCUUCUGCUGUUCUGGAAAGAAACAGCCAAGCGCUGCAGAGUACAAAAAGACUGAUGCUCCUCAACCUGAUGUGAAUGAGGAGAAAGAGGAGGGAAAAGACAAGGCAGAUGAAGAGGAGGAAGAGGAGGAGGAAGCGGAAUCAAAUGAAGACAAGCAGGAAGAGAAGCAAAAGAGUGAUGCUGAUGUUGGAAGUGCUAGUCAAGAGGAGGAGGAAGAUGAGGAGGAAGAGGAAGAAGAUGGAAAACCCACAUCAGAGGAGGAAGAAAGCAUGAAUAGAUUGAAAAAAUCAUAAGAACUUCAUCUAUGAUUAUAUUUUCCCCCAACAUGGUUCUGGGAGAGGACCUUGGAUACCUUAUGUUGAAAUUCAGACAAACCUCAAGACUUCACCAUCCGCAGGUUCCAGUCACACUAUCCAAUGUAACUGAGUGUCUAGCAGUAAAAUAUUUGCAAUCAUCUGUUUAAAAAGAACACCAUUCCUGUAGCAAGAUGCAUUUAAUGUAAUGGGCUGUGGAUUUUGGAAUGUAACAAAACUAACCUUUUAUUUUUGUUUUUAAAUAGAUUGGUAGAACUUUGCCAGUCUCUCAACCUUAGCUUAAUUUAAUGUAUUAAUCGAUCAAUGAAAAAUAACAAAUCUAGAAAAAUACUAGUUGAUGAAAUGCAGUUUUUAUAACUUUAUUUUUUUUAUAAACAUGGAAAUUCCUGGCAAUGCCUGUAUAUCCCUUAAAUUUGGUCAUCAUGUUAGCUGUCAGUGGCUACAUUGACUCUUUUUUUAACCCUCUCAAAUAAGGAAAUUAGGGGUGGGAGGGAAGUUAAAGUCCAUGUAAAGAAACUAUAUAACUAAGAUGUGUGAAUAUUCCCAAGAAAGCCCUCUCAUGUUCUUGUUGAGGGAGAAGCAUAGGUGGGCAAUGAAAUAAGCGUGUUGCCCAGUUAAGUGUUCACAAUUGGCUUAAGAUAGUGGGGGGUAGGUUUUACUAUGGUACUUAGUCUUGCAAGACUCACGGAGGCCGGAUGUCUGAUUUCUUUAGUUCUUGAGCUCUUCACAAUAGGGCAGUGGCUGUCUGGGUUUAAAAAAAAAAAAAAAAAAAAAUUCUCUUCCUCCGGCCCUAGCUUUCUCUGCUACUAUGCAGCUUCUUCAGAGUGUAGGUUGGCCUCCAUUGCUGAAAACUACUUUAUGCUUGGCUCACUAUCAAACUUUUAUAGGUGGGUUGUUUUUUGGUGGGGCAAAAGGGUGUUUUUGUUUUUUAAGCUACACCUACUUCUUUCCAGGGUCCAAACACUGGAUACGACACUGUCCCUAAUCUCCUUAUUGUUGCCCUGUAUGUAAACUCCUGCACAGAGACAGGGAGGUGGGAAAAGAAUAGACAAGUAGACCUAAAGACUCAUAUCAGAAGCAAAGAUGUCAGUAUUUGUAGAUGGGGAAGGAGCAUGUGUAAUAACCUACCUGGUAUGUGUAACCAUUUGAGUCUUUCAUCUGCUUUUCAUGUAACAGUUGCAUUCUAAAUUAUAUUGUGACUAUAGGGGGUUCCAAAUCCAGUUAAAUAAAUUUUUUUUUUAAAAUGUCACGUCUAGUAUAUUAUACUGUUGUUCUAAAGUUUUUUGUUUCUUUGUGGAAUGCAAAUGACCACCACCAGAGCAUACCUCUAAGAGGGUAGACUCUGAUGCUUUCAUUAGUGUACCAAAAUGUAUUAGGGAGGGAAGGUUAAUGUCUACAUAGACUAGCUUUUUGCCCUUUGUUCAAAAUAACUUUAAAUGUCCUAAAUUGCUCUCCUUGCACUGAAUAGAAACACUCCCAUGUUCCAUUUGUAUUUUUGUUUAGGGUAGGGUAGAAGGUGAAGAACAUUCUAGGAAAAAAACAUUACCCCAGUUUUUUAAAACCAUCUUACCAAUAUCUAACAU